GUGUAACGGUUGAAGGUACUGCUCUUCGGACAUAAAGCGGACCACGGUGUAAAGUCAGGGGCUACAGCCCACACGGUGGCACGGAGCCAGCUGUGGACUGUCCCAUGGUGUGGCCACAUCUUGUGCUCUAGGAUUUGUGUACACUUCAACUCAGAAUAAAAUCAAGUGCUCACUGGACAUCGGGGUAGGCAGAUAUCACGUCAAUAGAGUUGAUUAGGUUUUUAAGGUAACCUUUUGUUCACGUAACACAUGAACUCUGUAUAAAAAGUAACUAAGAAUGAAAUAUUAGCCAGUAGAAAGGUGAAGAACUUUCUUAUCGCAAAACCGUUUUCCAUAAACAUUUGCUUGUAAUAAUUGUGAUAAGGUUUUCCUUUUUUUUUUUUUUUUUUUGGCUCUUUGUUUAACCUGAGUCAAAGAAAAAACGCCCACUCAUUUUCAAAGCAUAGUAAAUCUAAUGCAUCUGUUAGAUUCCCCACAUAGAAAAUGCACAUAAACAUUUGCUUGUAAUAAUUGUGAUAAGGUUUUCCUUUUUUUUUUUUUUUUUUUGGCUCUUUGUUUAACCUGAGUCAAAGAAAACACGCCAACUCAUUUUCAAAGCAUAGUAAAUCUAAUGCAUCUGUUAGAUGCCGCACAUAGAAAAUGCAUGUGUUACAUGACGUAGAUGGUGCACAUAAAAAAUGCAUGUGGUACAUGUGGUAGAUGCCGUACAUAUAAUGCGUGUGGUACAUGUGGUAGAUCCCGUACAUAUAAUGCGUGUGGUACAUAUCAAAAAGUAACUAUUAAAAAAACAAUUGGUUUUCGUUGCACUGUUUAUUUCUAUGAUAAGGGAUAACAGCGAUUCCUUUUGAAGUAUCGUAAGUGCAAAGCAAACGAUCCCAACCUAACAGCAGUGUGCCCUGUGGUGUCUAGAUCUAGUGCUCCUGCUACAAUCUCACAAGCCUAUUUAAUGACGCAUUAGAUCAGGGUUUCCCAGACUUUUAUAUAUUAUGUACCCUUAAGCAUGGUUUUACCAAGCCUCGCAGCCACUAUAAAGGAAACAAAGUGUUUUGAAAUUGGGGAAAAACAAAUUGAACUUUCUAUUUUUAUAAAAAAUUAAAUUACAAAGAGACAUGCACCACAAAAAAAUCUUGUUUUUUUUUUACAAAAAAUUGUAUAUUGAGAAAAGGAGAAUGUUUAUAUUUUAAAAAAAAAUAUGUGUUCUCUGUUAAAUCACAUAUCUUUGCACCCGUGAAACGUCUCCUACAACUUGUAUCAACACAUAUAAAAUACGUCAUUCAUCAACACACACACACAAUACGUCAUGUAUCAACACACACAAAAUACAUCCUGUAUCAACACACAAAAAGUACGUCAUGUAUCAACACACACAAAAUACUUCAUGUAUUAACACAUAGAAAAUACGUAAUGUAUCAACACACACAAAGAACGUCAUCUAUCAACACACACAAAAUAUAUCAUGUAUGAACACACACAUAGUACGUCAUGUAUCAACAAAAUAAAUCCUGAAUCAAACCACACAAAAUACACCGUGUAUCAACACACACAAAAUACAUCCUGUAUCAAAACACACAAAAGACGGGUUGUAUCAACACUAAAACAUUCUUCAUUUAUGAAAACAUCAUAAAAUACAUCAAGUAUCGAUAAGAUAAAAAACAUGUAACAACAACAAAAAAAUGCACCAUGUAUGAACACGCAUAAAAUACACCAUGUAUUAAUAUACUCAAAAUACACAGUGUAUCAACACACACAAAAUACACAGUGUAUCAACACACACAAAACACACAGUGUACCAACACACACACAAUACACAGUGUACCAACAGACACAAAUACACCAUUAUCAACACAAUACAAAAUACAUCAUGUAUAACACAAUACAAAAUAUACCAUUGGGUCCCGUCCUAUUCACAGAGUACACCAAGCCACUUCUCCUCCUGCUCGGGAGGCAUGCUGUUGAGAGCCAGUCAUUCGCAGAUGACAUGCAGCUAUACAAGCCUACCCACCCCUCUCUUGUUACUUCUGCUAAUCACACCUUGCAGGAGUGCAUUGGUGGUGUCAAAUCGUGGAUGACUUUUAACUAAUUCAAGCUAAAGGAUGACAAAACGGAAGCAUUCCUCAUUCCCAAUCAUGAAUCAUCCUCUAACUCAGCUCUCCUCACCUCGUUUCAUGUAGCUCAGAUAUAGAGUUCACAUCCUCUGCUAGGAAUCUUGGUUACAUUCUUUCUGACAACAUGUCUCUCAAAAGUUAUCUCUCAGAUUUGUCCCUCUGCAUACACCGAUAUUCGUCAGAUCAGCUCCAUCCGCCACUACCUCACAGUCAGCGCAACAAAAACACUAGUCUGUGCUCUUGUUCUCUCUCGUCUUGAUUAUUGUAACUCUCUUCUGUCAGGUUCAUCAAAACAUUUCAUAGAAAAACUGCAGAAAGUUCAAAACUCGGCUCCUAGGUUAGCUCUAAAGACAAAGAAACGUGAUCACGUCACUUCACCUCCACUCACUUCAUUGGCUCCCCACACAGGCACGCAUUGACUACAAGCUGUCUGUUCUCUAUCACAAAUUGUUCUCUGGUUCCAGCCCUUCCUAUCUUACUGAAAUUCUUAUUGUCUAUUCACCUCUUCAAAACCUUCGUUCCUCCGCAGACACGCGUAUUCUUUCAGUUCCCAGAACACGCACUAAAACAUAUGGUGAACGAUCUUUCUCUUUCUGCGCGCCCCAAAAAAAAUGUAAUUCUCUUCCACAACACAUCCUCAAUAUACCGACCAUCACAGCCUUCAAAACUGCACUUAAAACACAUCUCUUUAAACUCUACUGUCCCGACUGAUUUCCUCCAAUUGCUGAUAAACGAUGCUGCUGGUUGCUGUCCAUGGCUUGGCGUGUACAAGUUCUCGGGUGGUUGGUGUGAACAUAUAUUUGUUUGUUGUUUGGUCCCUAUACAGAUGUUUUAAUUAAAUAAAUGUAUGUUAUUUUUAUUGCCAUGAUUAUGUUUGCUGAUAUUUUUAUGUACAGCAUGGGAAGCCCAGUCAUCGGUUAGGGGUACCGCGCUAUAUAAGACCACUAAUAAUAAUAAUAAUGAUGGUGUCAUAACAAUACAAAAUACACCAUGUAAAAACACAGUACAAAAUACACCAUGGAUUAACUCAGAACAAAAUGCACUAUGGAUCAACACAGUACAAAAUACACCAUGCAUCAACACAGUACAAAAUACACCAUAUAUCAACAUAGUACACAAUACUCUAUGUAUCAACAGAACAAAAUACACCAUGUAUCAACGAUAUAAAAACUAUUGGAGACAUGUUGAACUACUCUCAAAUAAACCAACCAUUCAAACAAAGCCUUCUACUCCUGAAAUAUAAAUAAAUAAUAACAUGAUUUGUAUUGAAUUCAUCAAUUCAAUAAAAGUAAGUCAACUAAUCAACAAGAAACUAAAGUUAACUUUGCAGUAGUGAUUGCUGUGGAGACUUCAAAUCUCUAAUAUAAUUAUAACACUUACCUCAGGCGAUGUUGUCCAGCGCAUUCCCGUGGUCGGGAGAAGUCCGGAUAUUGUUGUUCUCCUGAACAUGUUGAUGUGAACAUCUCCUUUCCUCAAUUCAAAACAAUAACGUUCCUAUUUGAUGAUAUGCAAUAAGUGUUAAAUGAUUAUGUUCACAUUUGACGAUAUGCAAUGAAUGUAAAGAAAUUAUGGAUGGCGAGGAGAGGGGCGAAUAAGGGGACGAUAUCUUGACCAGAUGCAAUGAUUGGAUGAUAAGGAAGUGGACCUUUCAAAGUGCAGGUGGUCAUGUGACGUCACUGUUUAAUUUAGCAUGCACUUUAUUUUAUUUCAAACUCGAUUUAAGAUUCAGGUGUGUUGGCAUCACAGGUUUACCUGACUUUACCCUGCUAAUAUGUGGCAUCACAGAUUUACCUGACUUUACCCUGCUAAUAUGUGACAUCACAGAUUUACCUGACUUUACCCGGCUAAUAUGUGACAUCACAGAUUUACCUGACUUUACCCGGCUAAUAUGUGACAUCACAGAUUUACCUGACUUUACCCUGCUAAUAUGUGGCAUCACAGAUUUACCUGACUUUACCCUGCUAAUAUGUGACAUCACAGGUUUACCUGACUUUACCCUGCUAAUAUGAGGCAUCACAGGUUUACCUGACUUUACCCUGCUAAUAUGUGACAUCACAGAUUUACCUGACUUUACCCUGCUAAUAUGUGGCAUCACAGAUUUACCUGACUUUACCCUGCUAAUAUGAGGCAUCACAGGUUUACCUGACUUUACCCUGCUAAUAUGUGACAUCACAGAUUUACCUGACUUUACCCUGCUACUAUGUGACAUCACAGGUUAACCUGACUUUACCCUGCUAAUAUGUGACAUCACAGGUUUACCUGACUUUACCCUGCUAAUAUGUGACAUCACAGGUUUACCUGACUUUACCCUGCUAAUAUGUGACAUCACAGAUUUACCUGACUUUACCCUGCUAAUAUGUGACAUCACAGGUUUAUCCGACUUUACCCUGCUAAUAUGUGACAUCACAGGUUUACCUGACUUUACCCUGCUAAUAUGUGACAUCACAGGUUUACCUGACUUUACCCUGCUAAUAUGUGACAUCACAGGUUUACCUGACUUUACCCUGCUAAUAUGUGACAUCACAGAUUUACCUGACUUUACCCUGCUAAUAUGUGACAUCACAGGUUUACCUGACUUUACCCGGCUAAUAUGUGACAUCACAGGUUUACCUGACUUUACCCUGCUAAUAUGUGACAUCACAGAUUUACCUCACUUUACCCUGCUAAUAUGUGAAUCACAGAUUUACCUGACUUUACCCUGCUAUGUGGUAUCGCAGGCUUACCUGACUUUACUCGGCUAAUGUGUAAUAUCACAUUGUAACAUAUAAUUUUUAUUUUAUUAGAACGAAUUUCAAAUUAUAUUCAAGAAAAGAAUACUCACAAUAUGUUAGUCAUUAUCGUGUUAUACUGACGUUAAAUAAAUUGUAUACAAUACUAAAAAAAUUAGUCAUUUUACGAUUCAAAAAUAUUGGCAUAUUAUAUCUUAUGAUACAAUAAAUAUUGGCAUAUGGUAUUUUUUUAUACAAUAAAUAUUGGCAUAUUGUAUCUUAUGCUACUAAAAUAUUGGCACAUUGUAUCUUAUGCUACUAAAAUAUUGGCACAUUGUAUCUUAUGCUACCAAACUAUGCGCACAUUGUAUCUUAUGCUACUAACAUUUGGGCAUCUUGUAUCCUUGUAUCUAGAUGAUUAAACAAGUUGACGUGUCGUCUCUGCUGUGGCUCGUGACGUUGGCUGUCAUGAUGUCAUGUCUGACAGCCCAGUGCCCCGUCCCAGCACCCUGUAUAUGUGACAUCAGCGUACAUUGUGAGGGACGGAAUCUGUCGUCCAUUCCAAAGUCGAUGUCCAACGCCGGUCAACAGUUUUUGGGCUUUUAUCUUAGUCGGAACCACAUCAGCACGGUAACCAAGGACGCUUUCAAGGUAUGAAAUUUGUUGAUGUAAGAGGUUCUCAAACUGUACAGGGGUAGAUUAGUACUUGGGUGGGUGAGGUCAAGCUUAUGUAGCUGCUAAUUUUUAUGUGAAGCGCAGUGAGCCUAGCCUUAGGCCGGGGUACUGCAGUGAGCCUAGCCUUAGGCGGGGUACUGCAGUGCGCCUAGCCUUUGACCGGGGUACUGCAGUGAGCCUAGCCCUAGGCUGGAGUACUGCAGUGAGCCUAGCCUUAGGCCGGGGUACUGCAGUGAGCCUAGCCCUAGGCUGGAGUACUGCGCUAUAUAAAACAACUUAAUAAUAAUAAUGUAUUAUCAAAUGGGUGGUUAAAAAAUACGUCUUUUUCUAAAUCUUAGCCCAUUUUAGGUUUGACAUACCUCGGUGUCAUACUUACUAUUUAGUAAUUUGGGAAACAAUGUUCUGUUUAGGUAAAGGAAAUGCGUGAUUGGGAAUACAUUUUUUAAAAAUAUUUUAAAAACACUUUGAAGAAAGGAGGCAGAUCGCAUUAUCGUAAUCCGGCCACCAGUGGUGUCACCGGUGCAGUAAACUCAUGGUGUCAUUCCCCCACCCCACAUCCGACGUUCACGGUGGAUGGUGGAUUUCUUCUUGUUAAAAUAAGUCCACAUUAUAAAAAUUACAAGAACAAAAACAAAUUAAUUGAAGGUCAGGAGUUCAAUGUAACUUAACAUUUAAUUUAUUUAACAAUUUCCUCUCCUCGUCUCCAAAGCUGCAAACCUAGCAAUCACUUGAUUAAAAUCAAUUUUCUUCAUUAUAUCACUUUCAAUUGAUAGUAGAGGCAGACCAGAAAGCCUUUCCUUUCCCAAGGUGGAUCGUAAAUAGUUCUUGAUAAGUCGUAGUUUUGAAAAGCUCAGGUCACAUCAAGCCAUAGACGCACAGAUCGUAAGAAACAAUUGAAGGCUUAGCGGGAGUAUUGGAAGAGAUUCUAGGAAGUCCCAUUCAGCUAUGAAAUUGAAAACAUCAAAUACUGGUUAGUCCAUGACUUUGUGCUAUUCAAUAUCAGCUGCCUUUAGGUGUCCUCUAAGCCUAGGUAUUUCUUUUAAAAGCUCAUCUUCUGCUUCUCGUGAAGACAUUCCUAAGGCCGCUAGGUUGAUCACCACCUUGUCAAAAGUAAAGCCUUUAGUCGGCUAAUACUGUUGUGUAAGAAUACAUUUCUCAAUUAGAUAAGCCUAAAUGUAAAUUUAGCAGAUAAACGUGAAAUCACAAAAAGCAUGUAAAAGACAUUGUGCUGUAAGACAGAUGUUGGCAAAUCGCGGCUUCUCUUUAGCGACCUAAGUGCGGCUCGGCCAGUCGGCCACAAAACGGUUUUGACUCCGAAAAACAGUGUUCUUGACAGUUUCUUGAAAAGAAAUUUGGCUCUUAACAUUUUUUUUUAUCGUCCUGUUGCUGAUUUUUGGCUCCUUUGACUAAUGAGUUUGCCCACCACUGUUUAUGGAAAUCGUGCUCAAAUGUUAAGGGGCGGUGCUAGUGAUCAAUCAGCAAACAUAUUUACCUUUGAGCAUUUCUUGGUUUUGCUAUAUUCGGAUUGAAAAACCCUUUUUUACAAUUAAUUAAAAGAUAGUUGAUCAUUUUUUAACAUUAUUUUGUUCACUCUAUAAAUAGGUAAAAAUAUUUUUUUUUUAAUAUUUUAAUUUUUUUUUCCGUUUCGAUUCAUGUCCAUAGAAUCGCCCGACCACAUUGUAUUUGGUAUCAAUAGAAAGCUUUAUUUCUAAGAAUUUAGAUAAACAUAGCUUCCUGUCACUUACGAAAGUUAACGAAAACUUCAAUCAUGGUCAAAACGGUGUUUUUCUGACCUAGUUUCUAUAAGAUCAUUACCCUUCAUGAGGCAUCGACCUUGAACUUUUAAUUAAGCGCGCAUUUUUAUUGGUUACAUGUGUGGAAAAUUUAAGUGUGAAUGGUUAUCCCUUUAUGAAAUUCGGUUAGACUGAAUGUGCUCUGUGAAUAUGCACAUUUUCAAUUUGGUGUCACCCCUGAGAUGGUGUAAUCCGGUUCGGUCCGCACACCGCUAGCUACGCCACUGCCGACCACUGGUAAUAUAUAUAUAUGUAUAUGUAUAUGGCCUCCUUCCAUCUUCGUGAGACGAGGGCGUAGCUCUAUAGUUCUACACUUUGACGAGUGGCUCACUAGGCCAAUCAUAGAAUGGCAAUCACGGCCGCAUCUCUCGCAGGAGAAUAUUGAGUCCCGGUAAAUUUUUGAUUUCCGAAUUGUUCUUUUUGAUUCAAGGGCCUCGUUACGAGUAACUUCUGCCUUUUUUACUCCUUCAAACACUGCUGUUCACCAGUUGGAGCGAUGUUCGGCAAUGAUCUCCCAAUCGUUUGUUUCAAUAUUGGCUUCCUUCAAGCUUCUUUUGCAAACGUCAAUAUAUAUAUAUAUAUAUAUAUAUAUAUAUAUAUAUAUAUAUAUAAUAGUCAACUUAUAUGUUCUUUGUCUAUUUGUUUAUAUAUUGUCUCUUUUCAAGUUUUUUUUACACAAAUAAAUAUAUAUAUAUAUAUAUAUAUAUAUAUAUAUAUAUAUAUAUAUAUAAGAUUCAACUUAUAGGUUCUUUGUCUAGCCCACAAAACCUUUCCGGGCACUGGCUCAAUAUUUUCGUAAACUUACAAACUGUGAAAUAUUGUUUCACUAUCAUGUAUUCUGUUGAACAUCACGUUAGAAAAAGUUAUUAGAAGCAUACACGUGAGCACCCGUGGAACCAUAACAAGCUACUUCCAGAGAGGUAUUACAGAACAACAACCAUUAGGAACUUGAUCCCUUACCAGAAAAGCAGAGAACCUGCUCAAUACAUGGGAGAGGAAAAUCCUCAGCAAAAUAUAUGGUUAAGUGAUAGACAAUGAUGUCUGGAGAAUCCAUCAAACCAAGACAUAUACCAAUGUACAAAGACCCACCCAUAGUCGGAAAAAUUUUUUAAAAGACCGAGUGCACUGGGCAGGACUUAUUGAAAGGAUGCCGUAUUGGAGAUGAGCCAAAAAUGAUAUAAAUGCAGAAGCGGAAAGCCGUGUGUCGAUCCGAAUGGAAAGAUGUGGUGGAGCAGGCCAGGGCCCUAAAUGGGCUGCAGCGCCACUGAUAAUGAUGAUGUGAAGGAUUAUCUUUAAAAGCCUUUGACAAUUAAUUCUUACAGUAUAAAAAUGACACACUGAAAUAUAUAUAAGAAUGAGCUAGGGUGACAUAACACUUAAAGGGAGAUAUGAUUUAAGUAUGUUCGGAUUCCUAAAAACAAUCUUAUUUAUUUUCUAUUAUUUUACGGAAAUCGAAUAAAUUUAAAUGCGCAAAAAAUAUUUUAAAUCUGCUUUUAUUUUAGUAAAUGUUUAUGUAUUAUUAUUAUAAAUUACAAAUACAUUUAAAGUAUCAACUAAGGAACUAUUUCAAGCAUUUUUUAUGUGUUUAAAAGUUACGAAAAAAUAAGAAAAAUAAUAUAAAAUCAUGAUCAAAGAAUUACACAGUAAUCACAUUUAUCGGGAAAACCCAAACAUCGGUAGUUUUAGUGCGUCUUUUAGUGCGUUGUUAACAUUGCGAAAUAAAAUGUUUAAUUAAUUUGUUAUAAGUAAUCACGCAAAUGAUGUCAUAGCGCGAAUAGCUUUUUUUCUCCAAAACUCUUAGGUUUCUUUAAAUUUAAUAACCAUGCGUGACAAAACUGAUACUGUAUUUUCCCUUCUUAAAAGUAAAAUUAAUAAAUACAAUUGAUUGCUUUUUAAAUUGUUAAUAAAACACACACACAUUUCUGCUGUGUAUAUUUACAUUAAAAAGUUUUGCCUUUUUUAUUCAAAAAAUAUACAUUUAUUAAAAUUAUAACGUAAUAAAAACAAACCUUUAAAUAUAAUUAUAAUAAGAAAAUGCGGUUUAAGUCAAACAGUGUAGUGCAACACCAUAGCCAAAUAGCAUUGACUAAUCCACUUAUAACUAAAACAAAAAAAAAGAACGAACCAUAUGAAGUGCAAAUUAUUUUAGUUCGGGCAUGGAAGGGACGACAUUAACUACAAAAUUUUGUCCUUGGCGUACAUCUACAAAGAUGGCUUAGCACCGGAAUAUCUCAAGGAACUUAUUUAUAAACAUGUAUUUCUGAAGAGCCUGCGGUCUUCAACACAGUACUUACUGAGUGUUCCUAGAGUGGAUGAACACAGAAAAAAGUCUGACGGAGUGCGCUCUUUUGAAGCGAUAAUGCCAAAAUUAUUGAACAGUUUGCCUCAAACUUUUAGGGGAAUUGUAAAUGAUAAAAAAAUCAUUUAAGAAACAAUUAAAAACUUUUUUGUUUCAAUAGAUUUCGGAGAACCAGAGCGCAGUGAGCAUGAUAAAGUGGCAUGGAUACCAGCACGAUAUAAAUAUCAAAUCAAAAUAAUCAAACAAUCCAGUAAAGAUUUUUCUAAAUUUAUUUAAAUCUGGGUGGGUGAGGGGUUGGUUACCUUGCCCCAGGCAGCACAAGAUACGUCUCAAAAUAAAGGAAUGAAUUUAAUAACCUUUUUGGGAACAUACAUUUCAGAGGUAGGAAAUAGGAUGUGUACUUUUUCACGUGAAAGACAAUAUAUUAAAAUCCUAUGGUAUUACAUUUGGGAAAAAAAGAGAUGUUACAUUCUCUUUUUUACAAAUAUGUGUAUGUUCAUUUUGCUCAAGGCAGAACAAGAUACGUUUCAAAAUAAAGGAAUGGUUUGAUAAAUAAUUAAAUACAUGUCGGAGGUAGGAAAUAAGAUGUGUACAUUUUUACGUGAAUGACAAUAUAGUUAACUCCUAUGGUAUUACCUUUGUGAAAAAGAGAUGUUACGUUCUCUUUUCACAAAUAUGGGUAUGUUCAUUUUGCCCAAGGCAACACAAAAUACGUCUCAAAAUGAAGGAAUGAUUUUGAUAAAUAAUCAUUUUACUUGGGUAAAUACAUGUCGGAGGUAGGAAAUAGGAUGUAUUCAUUUUCACGUGGAUGACAACAUAGUUAACUCCUAUGGUAUUACAUUUGUGAAAAAAGAGAUGUUACUCUCUCUUUUUGCAAAUAUACUUAUGUUUACCCAUUAAGAAGAUCAACGGCGUUAACAAAUCUUGGGUACAUUUAUUUAAGUAUAACCAUGAAUAUCAAAACCCAAUCAUUUUACACACUUGAACAAUUAAUUUAGAAAAAUAGAGAUGGGUUAAUAUGUACUUUCAAAAAAUUAAAAUACAUUUUUGUUUUUACUUUGUAAAAAGUAAAGAGAUUUGUAUUUAAUGAGAUUAAACAUUUAAAUUUAAAAAAUAAAAAAAAAUAAAAAAAGACUCAAAUCUGUUAUAGACGUGGAAAAAGGUUGCGAAUUCUUCUUUAGAUCAAAGAAUUCUUUGUUUUACGAUUUUCUGAUAAUAUAUAAUUUUUCUUUAAAAAAGCAAAAAAUAUGUUUAAAUUUUUGCUGAAGAUAUCAAUAUAUAUCGAAUUCCAAUAAUAUAAAAUAUUUUUAUAUCAUAUAUAGAGUUUUUGGUGUAAGUUUAAGGCAAGUUUUUUUAAAACAAUUUUUAGAGAAAAAAAAGUUUUAAUUCAAGGGCACGAAAAGGGGUAAAUCUAAAGUAAAUCUCUAAGUAGUAAUUGUCCUUCAAUUAACUUCUAUAGUGACAAAAGUGAUAUAAUUAGUAAUUAUUUAGACUGUGUAAUUUAAUGUCAUGUUUAGAAGGGGGGGGGGGAAGUAGUUUAGGUGCGUGAAAAGGAGUAGGGUAGGCCUAUAAUAUAGAGCAGAUAAAUUCUUCUCAAAACGUAAUAAUGUUAGAAACGUAAAUAUUAUUACAUUUUUAAAGUUAUGAAUCGGAUUAGUUUUUGCAAUAGCAGUUAAAAAUUAUCGCAUAGGAUCUGCCAUUAUUAACCCGAUAACAUCGGAUCAUUCAUUCUAGUAUAAUAAUAAUAAUACUCACUGCAAAAUUGAAAAUUUGUAUAGAUCCAUGGCUUAUUUUCGAAAUGAACUGUCUAGAACUCUAGAUUUCUAGAAAUCUAUUAAAUCUUUUUUUUUUUUAAAUGGCUGCACAAGCCUGCUAGGAAGUUUAUGACCUUUGUAUGUUUUCUAAUAGGGUUUCGUCGUGAGCAGUAUUGACCUGAGCCAUAACCCCAUUACGUCAUUUGACACAACUGCUUUCCUUGGCCUGGAGGAUUCCAUCCUGGAGCUGAACCUAGAAGACACGCAUCUGACCAGUUUUCCAGCGUCCAUCGCUGGUCUCAAGAACCUACAGACCUUAAACAUUCAGAGUAACCCCAUUCCGGGAAUACAGUCAGCCAGCACCGCCAUCAUUGGUCAAUCCUUGCUCAGGUGAGUCCGCCAGCACUGCCAUCAUUGAUCAAUCAUUGCUCAGGUGAGUCCGCCAGCACCGCCAUCAUUGGUCAAUCAUUGCUAAGGUGAGUCAGCCAGCACCGCCAUCAUUGGUCAAUCAUUGCUCAGGUGAGUCCGCCAAGAGUCAAACAGAUAAAAUUAGUUAAUCAUUGAUAAGUUGAGUCAAAAAAGAUAACACUCGUCCAUCAUUGAUCAGGUCAGUCAGAUGUCAUUGUUCGAUCACUGAUCAGAUCAGUCAACGAAAUAUCGUACGUCAAUAACUGAUUAGGUGAUUGUAACAGAAAAUAUUGAUCAAACGCUAGAUAUGUUUUUCAAGUUCGAUUUUUUUCCCAAGUCACCCUGAUUUCAUUCCACAUUAAACCAAUGCAACAUUGAAAUAUAUUUGAACUAUCCGUGGACUCCAUAAAAUACACUAAUUUGUAUAAUCUUUUUUUUUUUCUCGUUAAUUUAUACAAUAAAUGAAGAACAAAUAUCGGGUGAAUUGACUCAGUUGCUAAUAAUCAAAUAAGAUAAGAUAAGAUAAGAUUCUUUUGUGAACCCAAAUAAAUGGAUUUUUUUUAAAAAAGAAGAGGUCCGUUUCCAGCACAUACAGAAAUAGUCUCACAAAGACAAAUAUGUUUAACUAGAAAAAAUGUAACACAGGACAUCAAAAAACUUUUUUCAAAAAUAUGCCUUCACAAACAAAAGGUACCGUAGUCAAUAUUCAAUUCAAAACCACCGUUUCCUUCCAUUGUCACUGAUAAAUUAAAAGUAUUUCAUUCGCUUAACAGUGGGUUGGAAGUUAUGGCACGAAACAAUAAAUAUGCGUUAAAUUUAGUAGCUUGAAGUGAAGUGAAUAAAAGAAAUGUAACAAUGUGCACAAUAUUGUUAUUUAGUAACGAGAAUGUAUCAUAUCAAAACGUCCAAAGUAUUUCCGUAUUCAAAUCCCCCACCCCCCCACCCCCACACACACACAUUCUCCACACAAGAUAUCGUAAGAGCAACUCGCCGAAAGGCUAUAUGAUCAGUGAUGCGAGCGAUUUGACGGGAUAUAAGUCGUUGCUUUUUCCAGCUUCUCCUUGGGACGCACGGGUAUAAGAUACUGGCCGUCUGCUCUGAAUAACUUGGUCAGACUCCAGACUUUGGACUUGUCCAACAAUAUUGUGUCGUUUUUGAGGGAUGGGGCGGUCCAGGCCUUCGCCAACACCCUGACAGAGCUGCGACUUAUCAACAGCAGUCUCACUACAUUCCAGACGGAGUUCUCUAAACUAACCAAUCUUUGGGUAGGUUGUACAUGAUAGAUGGGGAUGUACAUGGGUAGGUUGUACUUGAUAGAUGGGGAUGUAGAUGGGUAGGUUGUACUUGAUAGAUGGGAUUUAGAUGGAUAGGUUGUACUUGAUAGAUGGGAUGUAGAUGGGUAGGUUGUGCUUGAUAGAUGGGGAUGUAGAUGGGUAGGUUGGGCUUGAUAGAUGGGGAUGUAGAUGGGUAGGUUGUACUUGAUAGAUGGGAUUAGAUGGGUAGGUUGUACUUGAUAGAUGGGCUGUAGAUGGGUAGGUUGUACUUGAUAGAUGGGAUGUAGAUGGGUAGGUUGCACUUGGUAGAUGGGGAUGUAGAUGGGGAUGUAGAUGGGUAGGUUGUACUUGAUAGAUAGGAUGUACAUGGGUAGGUUGUACUUGGUAGCUUGGAUGUAGAUGGGUAGGUUGUGCUUGGUAGAUGGGAUGUAGAUGGGUAGGUUGUACUUGGUAGAUGGGAUGUAGAUAGGUAGGUUGUACUUGGUAGAUGGGGAUGUAGAUGGGUAGGUUGUACUUGAUAGAUGGGGAUGUAGAUGGGUAGGUUGUACUUGGUAGAUGGGGAUAUAGAUGGGUAGGUUGUACUUGAUAGAUGGGGAUGUAGAUGGGUAGAUUGUACUUGAUAGAUGGGAUGUAGAUGGGUAGGUUGUACUUGAUAGAUGGGAUUAGAUGGGUAGGUUGUACUUGAUAGAUGGGCUGUAGAUGGGUAGGUUGUACUUGGUGGAUGGGAUGUAGAUGGGUAGGUUGUACUUGGUAGAUGGGGAUGUAGAUGGGUAGGUUGUACUUGAUAGAUGGGAUUUAGAUGGAUAGGUUGUACUUGAUAGAUGGGAUGUAGAUGGGUAGGUUGUGCUUGAUAGAUGGGGAUGUAGAUGGGUAGGUUGGGCUUGAUAGAUGGGGAUGUAGAUGGGUAGGUUGUACUUGUUAGAUGGGGAUGUAGAUGGGUAGGUUGUACUUGAUAGAUGGGAUUAGAUGGGUAGGUUGUACUUGAUAGAUGGGCUGUAGAUGGGUAGGUUGUACUUGAUAGAUGGGAUGUAGAUGGGUAGGUUGUACUUGGUAGAUGGGGAUGUAGAUGGGUAGGUUGUACUUGAUAGAUGGGAUGUAGAUGGGUAGGUUGUACUUGGUAGAUGGGGAUGUAGAUGGGUAGGUUGUACUUGAUAGAUGGGAUUAGAUGGGUAGGUUGUACUUGAUAGAUGGGCUGUAGAUGGGUAGGUUGUACUUGAUAGAUGGGAUGUAGAUGGGUAGGUUGUACUUGGUAGAUGGGGAUGUAGAUGGGUAGGUUGUACUUGAUAGAUGGGAUUUAGAUGGGUAGGUUGUACUUGAUAGAUGGGAUGUAGAUGGGUAGGUUGUACUUGAUAGAUGGGAUGUAGAUGGGUAGGUUGUACUUGGUAGAUGGGGAUGUAGAUGGGUAGGUUGUACUUGAUAGAUGGGAUUAGAUGGGUAGGUUGUACUUGAUAGAUGGGCUGUAGAUGGGUAGGUUGUACUUGAUAGAUGGGAUGUAGAUGGGUAGGUUGUACUUGGUAGAUGGGGAUGUAGAUGGGUAGGUUGUACUUGAUAGAUGGGAUUUAGAUGGAUAGGUUGUACUUGAUAGAUGGGAUGUAGAUGGGUAGGUUGUGCUUGAUAGAUGGGGAUGUAGAUGGGUAGGUUGGGCUUGAUAGAUGGGGAUGUAGAUGGGUAGGUUGUACUUGUUAGAUGGGGAUGUAGAUGGGUAGGUUGUACUUGAUAGAUGGGAUUAGAUGGGUAGGUUGUACUUGAUAGAUGGGCUGUAGAUGGGUAGGUUGUACUUGAUAGAUGGGAUGUAGAUGGGUAGGUUGUACUUGGUAGAUGGGGAUGUAGAUGGGUAGGUUGUACUUGAUAGAUGGGAUUUAGAUGGGUAGGUUGUACUUGAUAGAUGGGAUGUAGAUGGGUAGGUUGUACUUGAUAGAUGGGAUGUAGAUGGGUAGGUUGUACUUGGUAGAUGGGGAUGUAGAUGGGUAGGUUGUACUUGAUAGAUGGGAUUUAGAUGGGUAGGUUGUACUUGAUAGAUGGGAUGUAGAUGGGUAGGUUGUACUUGAUAGAUGGGAUGUAGAUGGGUAGGUUGUACUUGGUAGAUGGGGAUGUAGAUGGGUAGGUUGUACUUGAUAGAUGGGAUUUAGAUGGGUAGGUUGUACUUGAUAGAUGGGAUGUAGAUGGGUAGGUUGUGCUUGGUAGAUGGGAUGUAGAUGGGUAGGUUGUACUUGGUAGAUGGGAUGUAGAUAGGUAGGUUGUACUUGGUAGAUGGGGAUGUAGAUGGGUAGGUUGUACUUGACAGAUGGGGAUGUAGAUGGGUAGGUUGUACUUGGUAGAUGGGGAUAUAGAUGGGUAGAUUGUACUUCAUAGAUGGGGAUGUAGAUGGGUAGAUUGUACUUGAUAGAUGGGAUGUAGAUGGGUAGAUUGUACUUGAUAGAUUGGGAUGUAGAUGGGUAGGUUGUACUUGAUAGAUGGGAUUAGAUGGGUAGGUUGUACUUGAUAGAUGGGCUGUAGAUGGGUAGGUUGUACUUGAUGGAUGAGAUGUAGAUGGGUAGGUUGUACUUGGUAGAUGGGGAUGUAGAUGGGUAGGUUGUACUUGAUAGAUGGGAUUUAGAUGGAUAGGUUGUACUUGAUAGAUGGGAUGUAGAUGGGUAGGUUGUGCUUGAUAGAUGGGGAUGUAGAUGGGUAGGUUGGGCUUGAUAGAUGGGGAUGUAGAUGGGUAGGUUGUACUUGAUAGAUGGGAUUUAGAUGGAUAGGUUGUACUUGAUAGAUGGGAUGUAGAUUGGUUGGUUGUGCUUGAUAGAUGCGGAUGUAGAUGGGUAGGUUGUACUUGAUAGAUGGAGAUGUAGAUGGGUAGGUUGUGCUUGAUAGAUGGGGAUGUAGAUGGGUAGGUUGUACUUGGUAUAUGGGAUGUAGAUGGGUAGGUUGUACUUGGUAGAUGUGAUGUAGAUGGGUAGGUUGUACGUGAUAGAUGGGAUGUAGAUGGGUAGGUUGUACUUGGUAGAUGGGAUGUAGAUAAGAGUUCUAAACGCAACACAUCUUCUCUUAUAAAUCUAUUUGUAUGUGACUCUUUGUUUUAUAAGGGAGGAGUAUCAAGAAGACAUUCCAUUAAGUUCUUACCAAGUAAAAAUGUAAUUAUAAAUGUAAUGUAAAAGUGAGAAGUACACUAGACAUUAAUGUAAUGUAAAAGUGAGAAGUACACUAGACAUUAAUGUAAUGUAAAAGUGAGAAGUACACUAGACAUUAAUGUAAUGUAAAAGUGAGAAGUACACUAGACAUUAAUGUAAUGUAAAAGUGAGAAGUACACUAGACAUUAAUGUAAUGUAAAAGUGAGAAGUACACUAGACAUUAAUGUAAUGUAAAAGUGAGAAGUACACUAGACAUUAAUUUAAUGUAAAAGUGAGAAGUACACUAGACAUUAAUGUAAUGUAAAAGUGAGAAGUACACUAGACAUUAAUGUAAUGUAAAAGUGAGAAGUACACUAGACAUUAAUGUAAAAGUGAGAAGUACACUAGACAUUAAUGUAAUGUUAAAAUACAAACACCUCCGUUCGUUUCUAGCUGCUGGAUCUGUCUGCCAACCGCAUCUCUUCACUUCCUGAUGGAGCAUUAAAAAACAUGUCUGGAACACUGAGGAAGUUUUCUAUGUCGUCUGCUCAGCUUCAAUACAUUCCUGAUGCUUUAGAAGACUUAACGGUCUUGGAGGUAUAGUGCUGACCUGGUUUAGCAACGUGUCAAAGAUGGGUGAAUUUAAAUUUAAAAACAAUAUAUAUAUACACCAGAAUGUCUCUCCUGGGUAGAAAAUGGAAAAGGUUAGGAUAAAACUUUAGGAUCGUAAGUUGAUAUUUACAGGAAUCAUAAUAGCAGUAGAUAUAUUAUCUAAUAUUUGAAUUCGAGUGUUGUGUUGAUAUCUGACAUUUGUAUUUUUGUCACGUGACCAGGAGCUGGAUCUGAGCAACAAUCCCAUGGAGUCCAAUUACAAUGACAUUCUCAACACAGGAACGAGUUACACCUUCAGCAAGUCAUCUGCCACGCUCAGGAUUAUCAAUCUGUCCUACUGCCGUCUGAUGGCACUGCCAAGGGCGAUAACUAAUUUAACGAGUCUUGAAGAACUUGACCUCAGCGGAAAUAAAAUUGUCUCCCUUUACGACAACCUCUUCGUUUCUCUGACACAGCUGAAGAAGCUGAUGUUGAAUGACAACCCUCUGUCUCGUAUACCGUAAGUAUACAAGCCCCUGUCUCGUAUACCGUAAGUAUACAACCCUCUGUCUCGUAUACCGUAAGUAUGCAGCCAUCUGUGUCGUAUACCGCAAGUAUACAAUCCUCUGUCUCGUAUACCGAAAGUAUGCAGCCGUCUGUCUCGUAUAUCGUAAGUAUACAACCCUCUGUCUCGUAUACCGUAAGUAUACAACCUCUGUCUCGUAUACCGUAAGUAUACAACCCUCUGUCUCGUAUACCGUAAGUAUACAACCCUCUGUCUCGUAUACCGUAAGUAUGCACCCGUCUGUCUCGUAUAUAGUAACUAGAUAACCCUCUGUCUCGUAUACCUUACUAUACAACCUUUCAUGUUUAUAAGAAAUUAAGAAGCUAAUAGACAAAACUUAGCUUUAUUUAAAAAAUGAUGUAGACAACCCGCUGUCUCAUUUUUACCACUGCACAGAGUCGUGACAGAGUGUAAAUACACUGCAAAAUAAGUUCUCACAUUAUUACUCUAUACGAAAUGGAGCACUGCUAUUACUCUAUAGUGACUGACAUACGCUCUAAGUCCACAUUUCGUCAUUGGACAGCGGUGAUAUCUCCAUCCUGAUCUUCUUAGAACUCAGUGAGGCCUUUGAUACCGUUGACCAUCAGACCCUUUACAAAACCGUUGAAGAUUACUUUUGAAUUUCUGGUUCAGUUUUGGCUUGGUUUCGGUCCUACAUCUCCGAUAGAGCGCAGGCGGCCGCUGUUGAUGGCUGUCUAUCCGGUAGAGCUGACUUGGUGUACGGGGUGCCACCGGGGUCCUUUCUGGGUCCCGUCCUAUUCUCAAUGCAUACCAGGCCACUUCUCCUCCUGCUCGGGAGGCAUGCUGCUGAGGGCCAGUCAUUCGCAGAUGACUAGCAGCUAUACAAACAUCCACAUCCCUCUCUUGUCAAUUCUACUAUCCACACCUUUUAGGAGUGCAUUGGUGAUGUCAAGUCAUGGAUGACGUCAACAAGUUAAAGCUAAACGAUGACAAAACGGAAGCAUUCACAAUUAUGAAUCAUCCUCUAACUCAGCUCUCCCCAUCUCGUUUCAUGUAGCUCAGAUAUAGAGUUCACACCCUCUGCUAGGAAUCUUGGUUACAUUCUUUCUGAAAACAUGUCUCUCAAUAAUCAUAGUUCUCACAUCUGUCACCCUGCAUACACCAUACCGCUAUUGGUCAGAUCAGCUCCAUCCGCCACUACCUCACAGUCAGCGCAACAAAAUCACUAGUCUGUGCUCUAGUUUUCUCUCGUCUUGACUAUUGUAACUCUCUUCUAUCAGAUUCACCAAAAAAUUUCUUAUAAAAACUGCAGAAAGUUCAAAACUCAGCGCUAGGUUAAAUCUAAAGGCAAAGAAACGUAAUCACGUCACUCCACUACUUCACUCCCUCCAUUGGUUCCCUUUACAGGCACGCAUUGACAACAAGUUGUCUGUUCUUUGUCACAACUUUUUCUCUGGUUCCAUCCAUUCCUUUUUUACUGAACUUCUUUCUGUCUAUUCAUCCCCUGGAAAGCUUCGUUCCUCCGCAGACACGCGUAAUCUUUCAGCUCCCAGAAAACGCACUAAAACAUAAUAGGUUUAUAUAAUAUAUUAUGGUGAACGAACUUUUUCUUUUUGUGCUCCCAAACAAUGAAAUUCUCUCCCAUUUCACAUCAGCAAUUAUAACGACCUUCCCAGCCUUCAAAACUGCCCUCAAGACCAAUCUCUUCGAACUCUACUAUACAGACUCAUUCUCAUCCCCCUAUGAUAAACACCGCUCGGUGCAUGCUGGAUGCUGUCCAUGUCUAGACAGGGGUAGAUAGUACUUGGGUGGGUGCUGACCAUGGCUAGACAGGGAUAGAUAGUACUUGGGUGGGUGCUGACCAUGGCUAGACAGGGAUAGAUAGUACUUGGGUGGGUGCUGACCAUGUCUAGACAGGGAUAGAUAGUACUUGGGUGGGUGCUGACCAUGGCUAGACAGGGAUAGAUAGUACUUGGGUGGGUGCUGACCAUGUCUAGACAGGGAUAGAUAGUACUUGGGUGGGUGCUGACCAUGGCUAGACAGGGAUAGAUAGUACUUGGGUGGGUGCUGACCAUGGCUAGACAGGGAUAGAUAGUACUUGGCUGGGUGCUGUCCAUGGCUAGACAGGGGUAGAUAGUACUUGGGUUGGGUGAUGUCCAUGGCUAGACAGGGGUAGAUAGUACUUGGGUUGGGUGCUGACCAUGUCUAGACAGGGGUAGAUAGUACUUGGGUGGGUGCUGACCAUGUCUAGACAGGGAUAGAUAGUACUUGGGUGGGUGCUGACCAUGUCUAGACAGGGAUAGAUAGUACUUGGGUGGGUGCUGACCAUGUCUAGACAGGGAUAGAUAGUACUUGGCUGGGUGAUGACCAUGGCUAAACAGGGAUAGAUAAUACAUGGGUGGGUGCUGACCAUGGCUGUCCAGGGGUAGAUAGUACUUGGGUGGGUGAGGUCAAGCUUUUUACCAUUUGUUGUUUUUAAAUGCGUAAUUUUCUGUCAUUGCUAAUUUUUAUGUGAAGCGCAGUGAGUUUAGCCCUAGGGUAGGGUACAGCAGUGAGCCUAGCCCUAGGGUGGGGUACAGCAGUGAGCCUAGCCCUAGGAUGGGGUACAGCAGUGAGCCUAGCCCUAGGGUGGGGUACAGCAGUGAGCCUAGCCCUAGGGUAGGGUACAGCAGUGAGCCUAGCCCUAGGGUGGGGUACAGCAGUGAGCCUAGCCCUAGGGUGGGGUACAGCAGUGAGCCUAGCCCUAGGGUGGGGUACAGCAGUGAGCCUAGCCCUAGGGUGGGGUACAGCAGUGAGCCUAGCCCUAGGGUGGGGUACAGCAGUGAGCCUAGCCCUAGGGUGGGGUACUGCAGUGAGCCUAGCCCUAGGAUUGGGUACAGCAGUGAGCCUAGCCCUAGGGUGGGGUACUGCAGUGAGCCUAGCCCUAGGGUGGGGUACUGCGCUAUUUAAAACCACCUUAAUAAUAAUAUUCUGAUGAUGGUAGACGUGAAAACUGUGUGCGCGAGUGUAUCCUUGCAAGCACAGCGUGAAAUUUUAAAUGCAAUUUUAGAUACAUUUUUUUAUUCUUAAACCUAACAUUUACUCUCAAAGACAGUUACAAUGUAACCGCCGCCUGCACAUGGUGACAGAUAUCUUAAAAUAAUUCUGUUCGAAGGUACAAAUCCUUCUCUGGCCUCAUUUCCCUCACUAACCUCAACCUGGCCAGGUGUUACCUGUCCUACAUUCCAAGCUCCUCAAUACCUGAGAUUCACGAACUGAAUACGGUAAGUUACAAUAAGAUCAGAAAAUAUAUAUAUUUUUUUAAAGUGUUUUUAAGCACAUGAAGGUCAUCCAAAUUUCAGCAAAGACUCUAUAGGCUUUUUAAAAAAAAGGGGGGGGGGAGUGGGGUUUGGGGGGGGGAGGGGAGGGUAGCUAUGUUCGUUUUGUUGCUCUAACUCCUCGAUGACCACCGUAUGAUUGCUGUAAAUAUUGAUUAACUACCUUAUUUUCAGCUGGACUUGUCCAACAAUCAAAUCACAAGCAUCCUGGACUUUGCGUUUCCUGGUGCCAACAAACUAACAGCCGUUGAUCUGUCAGACAAUUCAAUACAGAUCGUUCAAGCUGAUGCCUUCAACAGCGCACACAGCAUGAAAAUAUUAAAAAUGUCAAGGUCAGUCUCGCCACACGGGCCAUCCAUAAACGAUGUUAAGCGUCCAAAGGGGGCAGGGGGUCUCACGCAUUGUGUGACGAUAUGUGAUAGAAGUGUCUGAUUUGGGUCACAAGUUGUGACGAUUUGGAGGGCAGGGGUGGGGGUCAAAAUAUCCUGACGUCAUUUUUGGAUGAUACCAUAGUCAAGUAUAUCAUUCUUAUGUCAACAGUAACACAAAGUGCCUGACAUCCCUCACAAAAUAAUUACUAAUGGAGUAACAUAAAAUUAACGACAUGAUGAAGAUUUCUGCUAAAUAAAACGUCUAUUUAUUAACCAGAUACUGAACAUACAUUUUUAAUUUUUAAAAACUGUUGGUGUUAAAUCCAGAAACACAACUAUUACGAGCAGACCUCACCUGGAAUAAUUGUGAUAUUUUUAAGAAGUUUCAAAGACUAAACAGAGCAGUUGAAAUGUUGCAAGCCUCAAAGACUAACUAAACAGAGCAGUUGAGAUGUUGCAAGCCUCAAAGACUAACUAAACAGAGGAGUUGAGAAGUUGCAAGCCUCAAAGACUACUAAACAGAGCAGUUGAGAAGUUGCAAGCCUCAAAGACUAACUAAACAGAGCAGUUGAGAAGUUGCAAGCCUCAAAGACUACUAAACAGAGCAGUUGAGAAGUUGCAAGCGUCAAAGACUACUAAACAGAGCAGUUGAGAAGUUGCAAGCCUCAAAGACUAACUAAACAGAGCAGUUGAGAAGUUGCAAGCCUCAAAGACUAACUAAACAGAGCAGUUGAGAAGUUGCAAGCCUCAAAGACUAACUAAACAGAGCAGUUGAGAAGUUGCAAGCCUCAAAGACUACUAAACAGAGCAGUUGAGAAGUUGUAAGCCUUAAAAGACUAACUAAAAAGAGCAGUUGAGAAGUUGUAAGCCUCAAAAGACUAACUAAACAGAGCAGUUGAGAAGUUGUAAGCCUUUAAAAGACUUGCUGAACAGAAAAGUUUAUAAACACAAAAGUUUCAUUAGUCUCAUUCAGGUUGUAUAAAUUCUACCGGGCGUAGGAAGGGGAGCAUUUUUUUUCUUUAUAUUUAGGGCGUCAUUUUUGGCCAAGUACAGAGGGUUGUUUUUUUUUUUCUUGGAAGAGGGUGGUAUAAUGCUUGGGACGCCCCGGGCGACUCUAACCCCUAGCUAAGCCUCUGAAAUUAUAUUUGGAUUUUUCCUCAGAUGUUCCUUGACCAACUUACCCAAGCCCCUCUCUAAGGCCGAUGGACUUAGGACAGUGUAUGUUGAUCAGAAUCCAAUCCCUUGCACGUGUGACCUCAGCUGGAUCAUGGGGUGGCAAGCUCAGUCUGGACUUAUCCCCAACAUCGUAGGUCGGUGUGACAACGACCCCAACAUGUCGCUCGGUACUUUCGUCAACAGCAAGCUGCGUGACUGCGACUCUCCGGUAACACUGUUCAACACCAGCUCUGGCCCCGCCGUGCCAUUCGGUUAAACGAACCAGUGGAUGGACACCUUGUUGACAUCCGAAUUAAUUACCCUUGACGGACCUCAUUAUUUUGACAAAUGUUUAUACACAUGUUUAACAACCACAACAAAAUAUUAAUUAAUUAAUAAGCCGGACUUUCUCUAAACUUGAUCUGACCUAGUUGACAUUAGGACUUGACCUUAUGUUGCUCCAGCCUAAUAAAAAAGUUUUAGACUUUGGGAGUGUGAAGAUUAUCUUACUUAGGUCGAAAAUAUAAUUUUUAAAUCGUAUUUCUGUUUGGCACAAGGUUUUACAACAUUCAAAAUAAUUGUUUUCAAUACCGGAAGAAAAAGUUUCCUUUUACUCGAAAUUAUCAACAAAAACUGAUGUUUAUUUUCAAAGAAAUCUCAUAAAAUAAAGGAAACAGAUUUACAAAAUGCAAUGAUGAACAUGGAGAAGUGUUUCUUUUUUUUUCAAAAGAUCCACUGCUAAUAAGGAAAUAUUUCAAUGGAAUAGUUCAUAAAGGCAACUCUCUAAUUAUAAUUCUUCAAUAACGCCCAAAGAGUUUCUUGGUACUGUAUGAAUGAUAAAAUUUGUGUUUUCCUUCAAAUAUGAAUUUCUGAUGUAACACUAUUAGUGAAAAUUAAAGCAAUUUGAGUUAGAGAUUAUUUGUAUUAUUGAUAAAACUGCAGAUAACUUGAUGAAAAAAAUCGACUUCUGUAGUUAAAUUAUUACAGCUUUAAUGGACGGAGAAAGUAGUUGAAUUUCUUGAUUUAUUUGAAAACCAGUGCUGCCUACAUGUACAGAAAUUGUUGUAAAAUAAAAUUGUAUACAUUAAUA